UGGGAAAAGACUUUCGACUCCAUAAAUAAAAAUGCCAAAAAUAAGGAAACAAAAAAGCUCCUCAUCUGACAGCGACAGCGGUCCAGAAGAUCGCAAUCCGCCGCCGGCAAGUAAGAAGGCAAAGGAGGAUAGCACCUCGAACAAAGCCAAUAAGAAUGAAUCGGCUGUCAAGCGUGGAGAUGGUGGUGAUGGCACUUCCUCAUGGACACUGGAGGGUAUGCGCCAGGUGCGCAUCAACGAGUUUCGUGGUCGCAAAAUGGUCGACAUACGCGAACACUACGAAAAGGACGGCAAAGUGUUGCCGGGCAAAAAGGGUAUUUCGCUGUCGGCUUCGCAGUGGCGAAAACUGCUCGCCUGUGCCGAUGAUGUUACUCGCGCCCUUGAAGAAUGAGCCCCAAAAACAGAAAUAAAAGAGUUGGCCCAAGUCAUAGAUAGUACUUAGCAUUUUAUAUUAAAUCGAAAUACAUACAUUACAUUCUUAUCUACAUACAAAUACACAUUCAUCAUGCUAAAGA